AUGACGGUGGCAGCGGAACGUGCGGAAGCAGCGGUGACGCGGGACGAUCUCGCCGCCCGGCUCGCAGCGCACCCCCGCAUCCGGCUCGCGCAUCUGCCGACGCCGCUCGACCCUUGCCCCCGGCUCGCCGACGCGAUCGGGGUGCGCGCCCUCUACAUCAAGCGGGACGACCUCACGGGACUGGCCUUCGGCGGCAACAAGACGCGCCAUCUGGAGUUCACCUUCGCCGAGAUCCUGCAAUCGGGCGCCGACACCGUGGUCGCGGGCGCCUACACCCAGUCCAACUGGUGCCGGCAGAUCACGGCGGCGGCGUGCAAACAUGGCCUCGCGGUCUCGCUGGUACUAAUUCACGGCGUCAAGGGGCCCCGGGCGCAGGGCAAUCUGCUGCUCGACCGCCUGAUGGGCGCUGACGUGACCGUGGUCGAUAUCGACAGCAUGGAGAAUAUCCAGCCGCUGCUCGACAAGAAGGCCCGCGCUCUCGAGGCGGCGGGCCGGCGCCCCUUCGUGAUCGCCCCCUUCGCCCUCGACCAGCAGGUCCUCGCGGCGCUCGGCUACGUCGGCACCGCGAUCGAGCUCGACGCCCAGUUCGAGGACGUCGGGAUCGAUCCCGCCCAGGUCUUCAUCUGCGGCGCCAACAACACGCCGGCAGGGCUCAUCACUGGCUUGCGCGCAUUGGGCCGCGAGGCGCGGGUGACGGCGAUCAGCCCGAUCCGCUGGGACGAGGCGCGGGAGCUCGACAUCGCACGCGUCGCCACCGCGACGGCGCGGGCGCUCGACCUGAACCUCGCGAUCCAGCCGGGCGACUUCGUCGCCGACGAAGAUCAUGUCGGCGAGGACUACGGCGUGCUCUCGGCGGAGGCGCGGGCCGCCAUCAAGCUCGUGGCCGAGACGGAAGGCAUCUUUCUCGACCCCGUCUACACGGGGAAGGCCAUGGCCGGCCUUAUCGACCAUGUGAAGCGCGGCACCGUCGGCGCGGACGACACGGUCGUCUUCGUCCAUACCGGCGGCAUGCCGGCGCUCUUCGCCUACGCCGAGGACCUGAUCGAUGACGGCUGA